CCCACAUAUGUGCUGCUGAAGGCAAUGAUCAUUUACUUUUCUAAUAUGCCAUCGGACACCCCCUUUUCAAAUAAUCUAUCCGAUGAUUUGGUGGACGUCAAUCUCUGGCAAUCACUGAUGGACUGGCCUCAGGUUCACAAUAGCGAACCACACGACCCGGUAGAUUUUAUAGGGAAUGAAAUUGCUCUACCCAGUGAAGAUCCGGCAGAGAUUGAAUCAUCUUCAGAGACACAUACUCCACCAACUUCGGUACCUUCAUUUGCCGAGGCCCAUCCAGUGCAAAUCACCCUGGAUCCGAAGGAUCAACUCCUACGUGAGCUCGCAGAGCGAGUACACCUCUUAGAAACGAACCUGCAGCGAGAAAUGAGGAGAAAUGAAGAGGAGAGGGAGAGGAGCGAAGAGAACAAAAUAAUGGUACGAACGUGGUGCAGACAGCUAAAUGCGGCGGUUCGAGUUUUACAGAAAAGUCGACGUGGGACCUAGUCCAAUUGUUAGUAAAUCGCUGCAAGAUGUUGGCGUUCAGCUCGACAUGACCGUAAGGGCAGCUAGUCUCGUUUACAUCAAUACUUGAUACUUAGAUAGCACGUAUUAUACCUCCCAGCAUAGACAGAAAG